GAUUUUAUUUCAUGUGGAAACGUCAUUGUACACACAUAUAUAACAAAUAUGUAAAGAAAUACAAUUGUAAUUGUACUCGGCAUAUCCUGCCCUUGCCUUUGGAAAUGAUUGUGAACUGAACACAGACAGACGGACUGACAGACAGGCGAGCGUGCAAACAAAACACAACUAGGACAGCAGCAGAUUUAAAACUGGCUAGACGCAUGCCAUCAUUGCCUGCAUCCGUCUGGAAGUGUUUGCUAGAGAACUGUUAGUAAUAUUAUUAUUUAAAGACCAAAAUGAUUUUUAGACUCAGUCCUAAAACCUUAUACGUGUUAGAUGUGACAUUACUGCAGUCUCAAUGGCCGUUUGGAGGACUUUUUCAAAUGGAACAUUUUAGAUAAUAUCUACAAGAUAUGAGAUUAGUUUUACAAAAUGUAGUUUUUAUGUCAAAUAUGAAAAAUAAUCCAACAGUGUCCGCUUCUAUAUCAUCAUUCAUUGUUGCAUUUGUGCGGUAGAGAUUUGUAUCACGUUAUCAAACUAAAACAAAAAUUGUAAGCCUGUGAGGUUUUUGCAGCAGUGUGAUUAUCGCUCAAUUCUGCGGGUUUGUUUGGACUAGAUGUCCUUAAAACCUACUGAUUGCAAUAUAGAAAACAGGCCUGGCACAAAGCAACACACACGAAACAAAGACAGCCAACACAACACUGUGGGUGAGAAAAUAAUGGAGGUUAGGCACGCACUUCAUAGUUUUAACCUGCGACAUUGACAGAAGAAGAAUAACAAUUCACACUUCCAUGGUAUAUUCAAUAAAACCUUCAAUGUUUGUCCAAAUUAAUUAAAUAUUACACACACGUUAUUGUAUUUUCGUGAGUUUUAGUUUAAGUGUACUUAAAUGUAUACUGUAUAUACUGUAUUCGAGAUAAGUGUAGUUUCCUCAUUUCGUCGUAUUUACAUUUCGCAACAGUCUACUCUUAAAUAUCGUAGCCACUGCAGCACAGCACAUUUGUUAACCUUUUGCUACUGACAACUAUAUAAAAAAACAUUGAACUGAACAGGACACAUUUAAACUCAAACGAUAAUGUUGGCAACGUCUAAAUAGUUUUAAGGAGAAGUACAAUAGAUACUAAUCCACAGGGCGUGUUUAAAUAAAGUCUCAGUGCAUGAAUACGCAUUCAUUUAAAUGAGAGCCACACUUAAUCGACAUACCAGCUCUUCUGGUACAAACCUAAUUGAAAAAAAUAAUACAAAUAAACAGUAAACACCAUUUCAUAUAUUUACCAAAAAUAAAAGCACAUACAAUUACAGAGAAAACAUCCUGAAAACAAUACAGAAUUGUAUAUAGGCUAACGAUAGCUCAGGCAUGCAAUGAAUUAUUUAUAAGCCUGUAAGAUAUUUUGUGUGAACUGUAAAAAAAAAAAAGGGAAGCAUUACUCUUGACGUAGAUCUGUAUGGUUUUCCUUUUACAUCACAAUAAUAAAUGUCCUUAUAGGCCCUUCAUCCACUGGCGCACAUAUUCCACAGUCUAGUUAAUAUGUUGUUGCUCAUUUCAAGAAGAAAAGCAGUUUAACAACCGUUUGCGGCUUCUUGAGUAUAAGCCCAGCCCAGUUAAAGUUAACUAAUUGGUCUAACAAGAUCUAAUAGGUUUGCUUGUUAACGAAUUCUAUGUUGUAAUUCUGUCGGAGUAGUAAAGUCAUAUGAAGAAAAUAUAAAUAUUCUGAAAGUCAAAAGAAAACACCUGACCGAAGUAAACGGUUUUCGUAAUAAUUCAUAAAAUCAAUUUUUGUAAAUAUUAAAAAGGAGGACAGUAACACAUUUCAAAAGAUAAUAUAAUCCUAUUUUAACUGGUUAGGCAAAAGCGAACCUUUUUUUAUUAAUGUCAAGGGUUAAACCUAGUCUGCAACGACCUUUUUCAAUUAAAAGUUUAUAAAGUAGGCUACCUAGCAUUUCUGGUAUUUCUGUUAAGAUUUGUUUUAAUAGCACACCUGCGUACAACUUACCUUUCUAAAUCGGUGUCAACAACAAAGCAAAUCGACCAAAACAGACACGAAAUGCACUCUCAAAUGAAUACUCCUCGAUGGCUUCUCCACGUCGCUAGCGCAGUGAAGAAAAGACACGUUUUCUUUCAAAUCAAAAGAAGUUCUUAACUUAAACCGAAUAUAUUUUCGUUGGCAAAAGUCACGUAGGAAGUGCCUUAGAAAAAUCCUACUGCAGCAGUCGCCCUUUGUUCCCCUGGUGUUGGCCUGCUGUCUUGGCCAGCGUUUGGUCGCUGGGUGGCGCUCUUGCUCCAUUAAAAACCCUCCAGCUUCCCCAACUUGACCGAGCUGACGUCACGUCAGUCUGGAGCAUCAAGGCCACAUCCACGACGCUAUUGGCCUAGAAUUCACAUGACAUGUCUCCCAGCAUCCAUAAUUAUGUUACUGAUAUUUUACUCCUCCAAAAGAUGUCAGCAUCCUACUGUCCUUAUUCUCCAGAAGAAAUCCCGUAGUUCAGACUCGGUGGAACACACUUAACGAUACCGUGUUGCCAAGUGCAAAAAUGUCAUGUCCGAAUAACAUAGCUCCCGGUAACUUCCUGAUGGAUUCCUUAAUGGGAGGAUCAUCUUCCUUCAGAGGUGAGGGUUAUUCCAGCAACCCCGGGAUGUACAUCCACACAGCUGCAGAGUACGGAUAUUCAGUGAUGAGAAACAUUGGGAAGGUUGGACCAUCUUCACUCCCCAAAAGAGACGAGGUUCCUCCGGGCGGUGUGUCGCUCGGCGGCUUCCAGGAUGCGUCCUACCUGUCAACACAGCUGGCCACAUGGACCCCAGGCUCCAAAACCAGUAGGGACGAACAACCUGUUGCCCAGUGUUUACAACCCUGCUUGUUUCCAGCGGGCAACGUCAAAGAGGAGGCGUGUUGUUGCAUCUAUCAGGAUGACAGCAAUAAGGGCAAAGAGACAACAGACUCGGCCACUUACAUCCGGCUCGGAGACAAUAGCUCCCGGCCUGAGCAAACCGCCUCGUCCAGCGGCUGUUUCCAGGUGUUCAACGGAGAGAGGCCGCAGCAGGACGAGCAGCAGUUCCCCUCCGGCUUCUCUCUUACCCACUUGGCGACAUCUGUUGACUCAGAAUCGACACUAAGUUGCAGUAAAUCGGCGCAGGAUACAGCGAGAGAGGUUUUAAACACAGAUGAGAGUCAGAGCAGGAAGGAAGAGAAGGCCAAGAGUGACAGCUGCUCAGAUAACUCGGACGGGGAAUUAAAAGAUGAUUUAUCCGCGGAAAAGACACCGGGAAGCUGGUUAAAAGCCAAAAGUGGAAGGAAGAAGCGCUGCCCCUACACAAAGCACCAGACGCUGGAGCUUGAGAAGGAGUUCUUGUUCAACAUGUAUCUGUCUCGGGAGCGCCGCCUGGAGAUGAGCCGGAGUAUCAACCUGACCGACAGACAGGUCAAGAUCUGGUUCCAAAACAGACGCAUGAAGCUCAAGAAGCUUAGCAGGGAGAGCCGAGAAAGGGGGCACAAUGCAGUUUAUAACUAUUCCUGAGGACAUUUAAA